AUGAGUCUGUUUUACACGGUAAUAGUGUGCCUAGUGGCAUCGGUAUGCGGUGCCGAUCCUCGGAAGACGUUCAACAUUAGCCAAGUGAGUUCGGUCGAUCCAACGCGUUACCAUGCACUGCGAUUGUUCAACAACGAUCAUCCCAACCAUCUGAGACCGGCCUUGAAAAAGUGCCCUCAGUCAAACUACAUGUUCCCGGUGAAAAUAUUUUCUACCGAAGAGCCGUUCUUCUGUCCUGCUGUCUUCGUCAGUGCCGAUUCCUUGCUGGCUUCUGCGCUGUGCCUUAAGCAAAUGCAACCGUCAGACGAUCACCCGUCGAGCCAUAUGUUUGUGAUCAUGGAAGAGGAACAAGUGUUCUUCUAUGAAAACGGUCGCCGGUAUGUGAGCAAGAUCUUCUAUCAUCCCAAGCUGGACGACCAGCCGGCGUACUACAACAUGGCCAUCGUGAAGCUACGCAACUCAAUCCGUGACACUGUGUCAGCCAACGGGCAGAGCAUGAUUGCGUGUCUCUGGUCCGAACCCAAGCUGCGAAGUGAUCAGCUGUACCUGGGCGAGUGGUUCAGAUAUCAGCCCGAGCAAAAUGCGGCAUUCCGGUGGCUCGAAUUACCGACGGUGACCCGGAAGGAGUGUCGGGAAGAAUUGGCAAACGCCAAGACGGCGGUGCAGGAGCUGGAUCGCGGUGUGACGGAGUCGCAGGUGUGUGUGAAGGAUCGGCAAAAUCGAACGCUUAUCGACUUUUGCGAAGCUCGAUCCUCCGGGCCACUGUUUAUGGUGCUGGGCAACACGGUCUACGUGGUCGGUAUGCCAACGGUCCACAUCGAUGACUGUAAUGUACAGGUGGAGGUGUUCAACCGAGUGGCCUCCUUUCUGGACUGGAUCGAAGCUAUCGUUUGGCCGCGACUGGAGUCGACCAUGCCGUGA